AACAAAAAAAAGAUAUAAAUAAAUAAAAAAAAAAUAUUCCAUAAAACGAUGGCUCAAGCUAAUCAACGUAAAAGUGGAAAACGCUCAUUUAAUUACAUAAAAAAUGCGGAAUAUGCGGGAACAGUAAAAUCGGAAGAGCUAAAGUUGUUGAAGAAUGCGAAGAAUAAAGCAACAACCGCGAAAAUGCACGCAAGGCACGAAGCAGUACUCACGAAUCAACCGGAACUGGAGCGAAACGCAUUUAGCAAAGAUUUAACUGUAUCGCCGAACGAGCACGAUCGCUACUCACUGAGAUCUACUUCAACGGAUUCGCUAAACAGUACUUUCAAUCGCUUAUCGGCACGUCUCAAAGGCGGUGUCAACAGUCCGGGCGAUCGACGCGCAAUGAACAUUGCCACUUCACCGGGUGAAUGUAAAUCCAAUCCACGUGGCAUGCAAUACCUUAAACCCAAUACAAAUGUGAAUUUCGUUGAGAUGAAAUUGAAUCUUACCCACGACAUGGAAAGUAGUCCAUCGCAGAGAUUUGCUUAUUGUAGAUUUUUCGAAGAGCCUCGGGAGAAGAAGGUGAAAACACGAGGCACACAAUCAAUGUAUCGCGAGUCCUCCGCACAAACGCUGCCUUUUCUUCCCGAAGUUUCGAAUAAACAGGCCGACUUAGAGCAAAUGGAGCUCUUCAAACUACCCACCAUAUUACCUGGCGACGGUCCACCGGGUUUAUAUCAAGUAGAGGUACUCGAUCGAGCGCGUAAACGUUGGGCAUUCGCACAAGCGUUGAAGGAAAAUUUCAGACGUCAAAUCGAAGAAGCCAAGGCGCAAGCGAAGCUAUCACAACAAGACAUUGUUUUACAGGCUUUCGAAUGGGAACAUUGGAUAGAGCGUGAAGAGUAUAUACAAGAGUGUCAGAUGCUGCGGCUAGAAAUACUCAUUGGUAUGUUCAAUAAGCGUGAAGAGAAAAUACACGUCAUGUCAAAGGCGCGCAUCGAACGUAGCUACGAAGUGAUACUGGCACAACGUGAGACUUUGUUGGAUAAGAACCGUGUUGAGUAUGAGCGUGGUAUGCGUCAGCUGGAAAUCAAGCGUCGACGUGUGCCAAAGUGUUGGCGUAAAGAGAAUAUUGUCAGCCAGUUGGGCAGCCCCAGCUCGGAGUUCUAUGGACCACAGUUGCGCUAUGGCGUCAACCCGGCACGCAGACACUUUGUGGGUGGACGCAAAGAGUUCGAAGCACGUAUGGAUGAUUUGGAAAAACGUGCUGUGAAAUUCACCAAACUUGUAUGUCCCUUCGCAAAGCUGAAGAAAUGGGCUAAACCGAAGCAGCGCUUCUUGGAAAUUGAACAGAAUUUCUGCUCCGAUGAGAAUCUACAAAAGAUGUAUGAAACGCUAACGAGUUUACGUAAGCAAGCAGUGAAGCAAAAGGUUGUGCCGAAAUGUCUUAUACAGAAAACCAAACAAGCUGUUACACCCAAAACUACACCCAGAAGACAAGAAGACAAGGUGGAUAUUUUAGUGGAAGAAGAACCCGUUGAAACUGAAGAAGUGAUUAGAGAGAGAAGAGCCAGUGAAGGCGAACUGAAACGGUUGGAAGAUCUGAAGUUCCGGCGUUCAAUAGGACUAAAGAAACAACGCGCGCAAUACCUCAUGCAGGAACUGUACGAUGAGGAGCUCGAAGCUAUGGUGCAAGAAUAUGAGGGCUGUACAAUCGGUUGGAUUAUGCGCUUCUUGUCCGAAGAGAUGGGUCGCCUAGAAGAGCAACGCUUACUGCACUAUAUCACAAUGAUGGCACAAAAGGAGCGUUGGCGCCGUGAAGCGGCGGAAGCUGGUUUACGGCAGAAGGAAAAUAAUAUGCGUGAAAUAUAUGAGCAAAUAUAUAAUGACACCAUGGAAGGUGUGCUCGUUGGACGCAAAUAUCUGAAUAUGAUUUUAGACGAAGACAUUAGCAAAAUUGCACACCAAAAGGCGGAAACUGAGACGUUAGAUUUGGCUCAUGUCAUAGACGCAGAUGUACAACGUUGGUUGGACUCACUCUAUCGCAUACAAAACCCAUUGAACUAUCAGUCCCUCCGCUAUAAGCUUAGGAAAAUAAUGUUUCCUGACUUAGAUGAAAUAUUGAAACAAUUAGAAAUCAAACAAAUGUUACAUUACAUCAUUGAAGAUGAACUUUUCAAUAAAGUUUUCAACGCCUUGGAACCUUACGAUAUUUGCACGGCAUUAACUGCUGAAAUCAUUGAUCGUUUGCUCGAUCUCGAUCUAUACUACUUCAGCUCUGAAGUAGACUCGACUUGCUCUUGUCUUGCUUGCAAUUGUGCGGAUAAUGACCGUGAAGUCAGAGCGCUGAUACGAAAAUUAAUUCGUCACGUCGUGCCUGGUCGUCGUUGGAAGACACCGCUCGAACGUAUGGUCAAAGAGAUUUUAGCUGAUUUAGUUAAUGAUGUUGUAAAAGUGACCAAUAGCAGAGGAUCGGUAUUUGAAAGCGAUAGUAUGAAUCGCUUUUGUCAAUUGCAAUUGUACACUUCACAUACGAAUUUAUUAUAUCCAUCGACACACAGCUUGGAAAGUUAUUUUACCUCCUCCAAAUCGCAUUCAAGUUCAUCUGAUAUCUUAGGUGACCUUUUAACUAACUUACCACCAGGGGAAUAUGAGAAUGAAGAGCCGAUGACUGACAGGAGAACGGAAGCUUCAUCUUCAGUGUUAAAGUACAUGCCACAAGCGUUCUACUUCGAUCUCUCUGAGCAUGGCGAAUCUGAGGAAGAUAAGUUAUCGCUAAAAACAUUGAACAAAAUUUACAAGGAGCUCUUGAAUUUCUUGGGCUCUGAAACAGAUAGUGAUGAUAAGGUAGAAGAUGAAGAUCAACUGACCACAAGUAGAAGUAGUCAAAGUAGCGCAACCAGCGCUUGUGGAUUGCGUUCUGUAAUAGAUGAAAUAUUCCGCAGAAUAUCUGCUCAUGAAGCUUCACCAAUAAUUCCAGAAACCACCGUACAAACGCAACUAACUUCAGUAGAAGAUGAAAUCGCUGAAAUUUAUGCCAAAUCACAACCACUUGAACUUAUCUCUCACAGAUCUAGUGAAGGGCAAUCCGAACAACCCGUUGACGUAUAUAUCGAACAACAAGCUGGGCAAGAUUUACCCACAAGCGCAGCCUUGGAAGUUGUACACCCAACGGAGGAAGCUACAAUUGAAGGAGAACAAGAACCAGUGGUGCACUCCGAGCAAGCAAUUAAGGAACCAUUAGAAGAGCUACAAACACCAGAGAAACUAACAUUGGAAAGAGGCAGUGAUUUCAAGAAACAUGCAUCCUUACCAACACCACAUGAGGAGGGAGAAAAAUCUGUGGAAGACCAUCAAUUAUCAGAGAGACAUUCAUCACUUAAGGGCAUUGAAUUUGGGAAAAAAUCAUCCCUACGCAGUCAGCUCGAUACUGCGGGGCAACAUGUGCGUAUCAGUGUAAUGCCGGAAUCAACAACAUCACACAAGAAGGUGAGCAUUGAAAACCGUGCAGAAACCGCAGAUUCUGAUGCAAAGACCAAGAAUGAAGAAUGAUGAAAUUACUGAAUUAAUCUGCUGUAUAUAUAUACCUAUAUAUAUUUUUUUGUGGAUUUUAAGUAAUUUGUAGAUG